CUCCCCCUCUCUCCCUCUCAGUCUCGGUCUCAGUCUCUGUCGCUCGCAGCUUGUCUCUCUGCCUGUCUGUGUCUCUCUCUGUCUGUCUGCCCCGCGGUCUCGGUUCGGACAUGGUCCGGUGGUUCCGGACAUGAGGUUCCGUAACGUGUCCUUGGUGACCGUCUUGUUGUUCGGGCUGGUCUCGGUUUCGUGGUACACCGCCUUCAGCAGCUCCAGAGGAGAUGUGGUCGAUAUUUAUCAGAGGGAGUUCCUGGCACUGAGGGAGCGCCUUCACUCGGCAGAACAGGAGAACCUUCGUCGAUCCAAAGAACUGAAUUUGGUUCUGGAGGAGAUUAAGAGGGCCAUUGCAGAGAAACAGGCACUAAGAGACAUCAACCGAACCUGGAGCAGCCUGUCAGAGGAGGCCAGGCUGAAGUUGUGGAAUGUGACAAGCAGUAAAAAUGUCCUACAGCUUCCCUCCAUCUUCCAUCAUCUUCCUCACCUGCUGAGCAGAGAGGAGAGCCUGCAGCCUGCUGUUCACCUGGGACAGGGACGCACCGGAGUUUCCAUAGUGAUGGGCAUUCCCAGUGUGAAGAGGGAGGUCCACUCAUACUUGGCGGACACCCUCAGCUCUCUGAUGUCGGAGCUCAGCACAGCUGAGAGGGAUGACUGUGUCAUUGUUGUCUUCAUUGCAGAGGCUGACCCGCAGUACGCUAGCAGUGUAGCAGAAACGCUGAAGCACCUUUUUCCAGCAGAACUUCAGUCGGGACUGUUGGAGGUCAUCUCUCCGUCUCUUCACUUCUAUCCAGAUUUCUCCCGUCUCAGAGAGUCCUUCGGAGACCCAAAGGAGAGAGUCAGGUGGAGGACGAAGCAGAAUCUGGACUACUGCUUCCUGAUGAUGUACGCUCAGUCCAAAGGCACUUACUACGUCCAGCUGGAGGACGAUAUCGUCGCUCGGCCAAACUACUUCAGCACCAUGAAGAACUUUGCGCUGCAGCAGCCGUCAGAGGACUGGAUGAUCCUGGAGUUUUCCCAGCUCGGCUUCAUUGGUAAGAUGUUCAAGUCCUUGGACCUGUCCCUUAUUGUCGAGUUCAUCCUCAUGUUCUACAAAGACAAGCCCAUCGAUUGGCUGCUCGACCACAUCAUGUGGGUCAAAGUGUGCAAUCCGGAGAAGGAUGCGAAACACUGCAACAGACAGAAGGCCAACCUGAGAAUCCGAUUCAAACCGUCUCUCUUUCAGCAUGUCGGUACUCAUUCCUCUCUGGCUGGAAAGAUUCAGAAACUGAAGGACAAGGAUUUUGGAAAACAAAACUUACACAAAGGACACGUCAACCCGCCGGCUGAGGUGACCACCAGCUUGAAGACCUACCAGCGCUUCAUGCUCGAGAAGGCCUACCUGGGUGAUGACUUUUUCUGGGCCUUCACUCCUGUGGCGGGUGAUUUCAUACGGAUACGGUUCUUCACGCCUGUCCGCAUAGAGAGGUACUUUUUCCGCAGUGGGAACAUCGAGCAUCCAGGAGACAGACUCUUCAACACGUCGGUGGAGGUUUUGCCGUUUGAUAGCUUUCAUGCAGACAAAGAGAUGUUGACAGAAUGGACAGAGAAAUUGCCCAAAUAUCACCGGACAGAAGAUGGAUUCAUCAGAAUCGGAAUGUUCCACAACGGCAUUGCUGAGGGGGAGGUGGACGCCACCUUCGGGCCCCUGGAGGUCAUGCGUCUGUCGAUGUUGACCGACUCGCCUGUCUGGGUGAUCCUCAGCGAGAUUUUCCUUAAAAAAGCAGAGUGAAACUCCACCCACUCCUCCUCAUCGCCGUGCUGGGGCAGUGCCACCUACUGGUUGGACCUCAUUUUUGCAGGGUUGAACAGGCCAGAGAACCUCUCAGGCAGACCACUGGCACUA